GCGGGCAGGGUCUCUGUCAUUGCGGUGUUGCCACAUUUGUUAUAAAUAUGCGUGGGAAAUUCAAAUAUAAAAAAUAUGAUCGUAUUGUUUUAUAUAAACUAAGUCAAUUUAUUUAAUUAUUUAUUUAAUAAAAUUUCUUGAAAGAAUGAUACAUAUGAAGAAAAAUUAUAUAUAGAUAAGAAAUUUACAUAAAUAAUUUGAUUGCAUAUUUAAAAGUGCUUUUAUUUUUCAUAAAGUAUCAUUAACAUUAUAAAAAUUAUACAAAUAAAAUUAUGAUAUCAUAUUAAAUUAACAAAUCAUUUCAACUUUUUUAACAUAAAUUGUAAUAUAUAAUUUCAAGAUUUGUAUGCAUAUUACAUGUAAAAUAAUUCGAAAUAUUUUUAAUGAAACAAUAUCAACUACUCAGUUGACAAUCUAUUUUCAUAGUUUGUGCCGAAAUCUGGCAAUCUAGCAUUCCUUUUACGAACUUUUCCGAAAGAUUCUCGUAUGACUUCGUAUUCUUUCGUAUAUAAUCGCAAUUCCCGAAGCAUAUUUCGCGAAGUUGUUUCUUUUAUUGAACAAUGGAGGCAAUACUUGGACGUGUUUUUGUAUAUGGAGGUAAAGGUGCUUUAGGUUCGGCUUGUAUUUCAAAAUUCAAGUCGAAAAGUUGGUGGGUUGGCUGUAUUGAUAUGAAAGUAAAUGAACAAGCUGAUGCAAAUAUAAUUGUAAAAUCAGACAGUAAUUGGCAAGAACAGGAAGCUGAUAUUUUACAACAAGUUACAAAUAUUUUAAAAGGAGAUAAACUAGAUGCAAUUAUAUGUGUGGCUGGUGGAUGGGCUGGUGGAAAUGCAGCUCAUAAGGAUUUUGUAAAAAAUAGUGAACUUAUGUGGAAACAAAGUGUAUGGAGUUCAGUUAUUGCUGCCAGCAUUGCUGCACAUCAUUUAAAAGAAGGAGGAUUUUUAUCAUUAACUGGUGCCAAAGCUGCACUAGCAGAAACACCAGGAAUGAUUGGAUAUGGAAUGGCCAAAGCUGCUGUUCAUCAACUUACUAAAUCUUUAGCAACUAAAGAUAGUGGUUUUCCUAAAGAUUCUCUUGUUGUUUCUAUCUUACCUAUCACUUUAGAUACACCUAUGAAUAGGAAAUGGAUGCCUAAUGCUGAUACAUCUAAAUGGACCUCACUUGAAUUUGUUGCAGAUCUCUUUUGGAAAUGGUCACAAAAUCAAGAACGUCCAACAAAUGGAAGUCUUCUGCAAUUAAUUACCAAUAAUAACAAAACAGAAAUAAUUAUAGCUUAAAAAGAAAAUUGUAUAUUUAAAAAAGAGUUAUAUUUUUUGGACCAAAAACAUUUAAGCUUUUUCUCUCUAUGACAAUAUAUAUACAUUCUAAAUAUUUUAUAUCCAAUGCUUUUUAUUUUUUCAAUUUCUUAUAUAUUGAUAUUUUUUAUUGAUGCAUUUUAAAUAUUACAUAAGGAUAUAAUAUUUGUAUAUAUGUAAGAAUAUUUUUCUUUAUUGUUAAUAUUUUCUUCAUUCCAUUAUGAUAUAUAAAACCAAUAAAAAUAUGUAAUGUAAAAUUA